CAUCCUGUUUCACCAUGAACAUCGACGAUGCCUUGUUCUCCACGGCAAUCGACUCCGCUUGGUCGAAUUACAUACAGAGGACACCACUCUCGAGGUCCUCAGCCCUAAACUCUAACAUCUACGGCCGUGCCGACUCGGGCCUGGCCGUGGCUCGUUGCAGUCUCAUGCUUGUAGACCGCAUAAUCCACGUCCGCGGGGAAAAGAGGGUAGUAAGGCAGCACCGGAAGAAGCACAACCGCGGGAUACUGCUAACCUCCUGGCUGUUAAAGAAGGGUACCACGAAGGCAGCUGGCAGUAAGUUGUCCUCUGUAGUUGCUGAUGAAGAUCAGCUCCGCGAAAAGGGUAGAGAGCAUGCUGAAGCCAUCCAAGAACGAGCACCAAAGCGCGGCAACCAACAGGCUGCUGCUGCUGCUGCUGCAGGGGAAGCGCAAGGGGGCGGACGUAGCUCUCUCCGACCCUCUAGCAUUGGCUCACGAUGUCGGGACGAGAAGCGGGGCUACCCCAGAGGCUUCGCGCGAGGAACAGGCUUCGGAGGAGCGUCGCUCUAGCGCGCUGGAGUUGAUCCAGAAGGACCACGUGUUGAUGGAGCGAGUACGGGCCAUGCUGGGGGCGAGCGCUGCAGACCAGGCAGCAGCUAAGGAGGCGGCGGUCAACGCGGCGAACACUCGCGCGCUCCGUGCCUCGCUCCAAGCGCUGAAGCGGCACAGCAACAGCUCGAUAGGGUGGACCGCGUACACGACAGCGCUCGCCACAGCAGCGGGAGCGGGGGAGCACACCUGUUCUGACCCCAACCUGUGCCACCCUGGCAAACGGUGCAAGCCCGCUGAGCCUGGUGGAGUGAGCUUUGCCGAGCGAGCCAAGAGUCUCGGCAUUCGGUACGAGACUUUCAGCGACGCACGUGUGCGGAUGCACAACACGAACCACGACAUCGCCCCCAGGGACGCUGUGAGUGACGGGUGCUACGUGUAUAACGAGCGCAAGACACGGAGUGACGUGACGAAUCCCGAGGUAAUGGCUCUCGCCAAGGCUUUUUGGCACUCCGACGACGUUUCCCGAGCGAAGAACAUGUACAAGGAGUCUAAGAAGAGAGACGCACCCUCUCACCCUCGGAGACAGCUCAUGCACAAGGGAGACAGAGUGUGGAGGAUGUUCCUCGAGAGCCGGCGGUACCUGGCACUCAAGGGAAGACUACUUGAGCAGGACAGCAGCUUCACCGACCCUGGCAGGACGACGUUUCUGUCGACGCGGUGUGGGUG